GCACUUACUCGCUUGAUGAAAGAAUGUUACGCUACAGCUUCCGAAUCCCGGCCAAGCCUCCGCAACGUCUUCACAGCUGUAAAUAAAGCCUUCAGUGCAUCGAAGGGAAAUCUGGUUGACCAGAUGUUACGAAUGAACGAGAAAUAUGCACAAAACUUGGAGCAAAUAGUUGCUGAGAGGAAUGCCAUGCUACAGGAGGCUCAAGAACAGACAAACAGACUUCUCAACGAAAUGCUACCUGCAUCCAUUGCUCAAAUCCUCAAGGAGGGAGGUAGUAUACCUCCACGAAGCUAUGAUGCGGCUACAGUAUGCUUUGUUCAGCUGUGCGACUUUCCAGCCCUCGUCAGAAAAAGUAGAUCCGACGAGGUCAUAAGCUUCCUUAACGACAUUUUUGACCGCUUUGACAGCAUCAUCAAGAAGCACGACGCUUACAAAGUUGAAACUACCGGAGAGACAUACAUGGUAGCGUCAGGAGUGCCAAACGAAAACGAUGGUCGACAUAUUGUCGAAAUUGCCGAAUGCAGCUUGGACAUCAGAGAGGAAUCCUACACUUAUGUUGUAACGCACUGCCCAGACUUCAAGGUUCGCGUACGUAUAGGUUUCCACUGUGGGCCAAUCGCAGCUGGAGUGAUCGGAAUCCGUUCGCCAAGAUACUGUUUAUUCGGCGAUACGGUAAACUGAUU